CAAUAGUGAAGCAAGGAAGCAAAGAGGCUGAUUAAUUUCCGAGGAGGAGGAGGAGGAAGGCUGAAUCGUGGCGAGGACGCAAGACAAAGAAAGAGGGUCCGGUGACCUUUGAGGAGGAGGAGGCAGCAGCUGUGCAUUUCACGGAGGAGGCGUGGGCUCCGCUGGAUCCGGGCCAAAGCGCUCUGCACAGGGAAGCCAUGGAGGAGAAUUAUGAGAUUGGAGCCUCUUUCAAGAUCCAAACCAUAUACUCUGGCCCUUUUCUGUCUCUUCCCGAUGCCAGCAUUGAUAUUUGCAAGUACAUUCUCAAGCUACGACACUGAAAAGCUUAUGGGAGCAUUUCUGGCUACAUGAAUAUCUUGCGGUGGCUUCACUCUUAAUCUCCAUGGAGAAAGGUUUCCUCCAGAAUUGUAAAUGUGAAGUGCAGCCCUGCUCCCUUUUGGAGGAGGAGGAGAAGGAGGGUGAAGCUCUCAGGGCUGGUUUUCACUCUCUUUGUGAUGAGAUGAUGUUGUCCAAAUGAAAACAGAUGGGUUGGCUGAGUUCCACGGUGUCCUCCCCAACUGGCAGUUCAGGUUGGGCGUCAUAUCCAGUGAGCGCAUGUUCCCAAGUGCCAGGCUGACCCUGCUGGGACCACAUGGCUCUGUCUUCUUCAGCGGGUGCAGGAGUUAACAUGUUCCAAACAAUCCCUCCUCUUAGCUACAAAUGGCUUGACUUGGAAUGGCUGAAUAUCUUGUGGUCAAAAGUAACUAGUCCUGUAUGUUUCCUUGGAAGAAUCGGAGCUCAAUUCCUGUUUGGAAGACGGAGAGGAUGUUCUUAUUCAGGUUCCCAAAGAGGAGGAAGAGGAUGAGACCUCAGCAGAACCAGACCUCAUUUCGUGUUGGGAAGAAGAAGAUCCGGUGAUGCAGGAACCCAAAGAAGAGGAGGAGACCUCAGCAGGAAACAUCUCAGGGGUCAAGGCUGAGGGAGAACCAUCUGAAGUAUCACUGGAAAAAGCUGAGGAGCAGGUGCAGGAGCAGAAACUGAGGAGUCAAGAUGGAGCAAAGAGACAAGAGGAGAGAGAAACUCACACAGGAGACAAACCUUAUGAAUGCUUCAAAUGUGGAAAGAGCUUCAGGUGGCAUAGCACCCUUACGGUGCAUCAAAGAACUCACAUAGGGGACAAACCUUAUCAAUGCUUGGAGUGUGGAAAGAGCUUCUGUCAGAGUGGCCAGCUUACUUCACAUCAAAGAACUCACACAGGAGACAAACCUUAUAAAUGUUCUGUGUGUGGAAAAAGCUUCAGAUGGAAUAGCGCCCUUACGAUGCAUCAAAGAACUCACACAGGAGACAAACCUUAUAAAUGCUUCGAGUGUGGAAAGAGCUUCAUUAACAGUAGCACCCUUACUUUGCAUCAAAGAAUUCACACAGGGGACAAACCUUAUAAAUGUUUCGAGUGUGGAAAGAGCUUUAGUCAGAGUAGCCACCUUACUUCGCAUCAAAGAACUCACACAGGGGACAAACCUUAUCAAUGCUUGGAGUGUGGAAAGAGCUUCAGCUUGAGCAGCACCCUUACUUCACAUCAGAGAAGUCACACAGGGGACAAACCUUAUCAGUGCUUGAAGUGUGGAAAGAGCUUCAGCUUUAGUAGCACCCUUACUUCGCAUCAAAGAACUCACACAGGGGACAAACCUUAUACAUGCUUGGAGUGUGGGAAAAGCUUCAGUCAGAGUAGCCACCUUACUUCGCAUCAAAGAACUCACACAGGAGACAAACCUUAUCAAUGCUUGGAAUGUGGAAAGAGCUUCAGUGACAGUAGCACCCUUACUUCACAUCAAAGAACUCACACAGGAGACAAACCUUAUAAAUGUUUGGAGUGUGGAAAGAGCUUCAGUCGCAGUAGCACCCUUACUUCACAUCAAAGAACUCACACAGGAGACAAACCUUAUAAAUGCUUUGAGUGUGGAAAUAGCUUCAGUGAAAGUAGCACCCUUACUUCGCAUCACAAAACUCACACAGGGGAGAAACCUUAUAAAUGCUUGGUGUGUGGAAAAAACUUCAGACGGAAUAGCGCCCUUAUGGUGCAUGAAAGCAGUCACACAGGGGACAAACCUUAUCAAUGCUUGGAGUGUGGAAAGAGAUUCAGUCAGAGUAGCAACCUUUCUUCGCAUCAAAGAACUCACACAGGGGACAAACCUUAUCAAUGUUUGGAGUGUGGAAAGAGCUUCAGUCAGAGUAGCCACCUUACUUCACAUCAGAGAACUCACAGAGGGGAGAAACCUUAUCAAUGUUUGGAGUGUGGAAAGAGCUUCAGUCACGGUAGCACCCUUACUUUGCAUCAAAGAACUCACACAGGGGACAAACCUUAUCAAUGCUUGGAGUGUGGAAAGAGCUUCAGUCAGAGUGGCCACCUUACUUCACAUCAAAAAACUCAUACAGGGGACAAAGCUUUUAAAUGCUUCACCUGUGGAAAAAGUUUCAGGUGGAAUAGCGCCUUUAGACGACAUCAAGGAACUCACACAGGGGACAAACCUUAUAAAUGCUUCGAGUGUGGAAAGAGCUUCAGUCAGAGUGGCCACUUUUCUUUGCAUCAAAGAACUCACACCGGGGACAAACAUUAUCAAUGCUUGGAGUGUGGAAAGAGCUUCUUUCAGAGUGUCCAGCUUACUUCGCAUCACAAAACUCACACAGGAGACAAACCUUAUAAAUAUUUCGAGUGUGGAAAGAGCUUCAGUCAGAGUGGCCACCUUACUUCACAUCAAAGAACUCACACAGGGGACAAAUCUUAGGAGUUGCACUCUUGGCUCAGGAGAGAGAGAACAGAGACAAAGAUGUCUCCUGUGAUGUUCCUAUAUUAAUGUAUAUAUGGUGUGUUGUUGUUUUAGAAGAUACAUGGUAAGUGGAGUGAAAGAGGAGGGGGAGUGAAUGGGCAGUAGAAUGCGAGAUGAUUGGCUGAGUGUUUAAAAUGGCUGAAUGUAUAAAAGGAAGAGUGAGAGUGGAAUCGGGGGGGAGAAGAGAACUGAGUGGAUUGCUUGGUGGGGUUUGAGAGAGUUGUUUGCCAGGAGAGAGUGGAGAAGGAGGGAGGUGGAGUUCGGAUUAGUAUUGAGUAAAACCAUAUGCUUAUGUGCCUUAAGAAGAAAUCUUGUUAAUCUUGUUAGCUUUGUUAUCUGUAAUAAAUACUUAAUUUGGUUUACCAAAGGCCUGAUCCUUGGCUGGGGUUUCACAGACCAGAAGGGAGGGUAAGGUAAUGACCAGGGCUGAAGGGGAACUGUAACAAAUGGUGGCAGCGGUAAAGAGAAUAACAAUACCAGUAUUCAGAGUCUCUGGGAAUACUAAUAUUGGGACGUUACUGGUGGUUGCCUAGCAGGGGGAUCUGUUGAGAUCUGUGCUAGAGCGGAUAGGUAAACCAUAAGAGAGUGCGGUCUGGACUGGUGGAGUCCCUGGUGGUGCCUAGAGACAGGCAGUAACCACGAGCAGGUAGGAACCUGACAGGGAGAGCCAGGGAAGGACGCCUCACAUCUCUCUCUCAUACAGUGGAGAAGGGAAGGGAGGAAAGGGCUGAAGCAGGAGGAGCAGAUCAGCUUCCCUGAGCAUAUUAGUUUACAAGGAAGGAAGUCAGUCAGAGUAUCCCAGAUAAAGAUCACUCUAUCUCCCUUCUGGAAAAUAAAAGAACAAAACAGGAGUUGCGGGGGCGUGACUUGUGGAGCUGUGCAAUGGCUGCCUAAUCUCCCUGCUCUGCUUCCCCCUGGAUUAAAACAACCCCAAAAUAGCACUAAAGACUCACUGAAAACUCUGAAACCCCUCUGGGAAUGAUUCCGACCCCUCCUAGAAAUAAAGAAGGAGAUUUAACGGGCUAUUUUAAGCCACUAGACACAGACGGCCCAAGUGCAGCUAAGAAGCCUGCGUUAGACAAUAUGGCUCCAGGCCAAUCAAGGACAGCUAAGAUGACACCUCAAGAGAUAGGAGCUAAUGCCCCACUAUCAAGAGAAGACUUGAUGGCUCAAUUAAAAUUCUUUAAAACAGAUAUGGAAGAUAGCUGGAAUGUUGCCCUGAAGCCUUUACAAGAUAAAAUUGAGGCAUUUGGUGAGCGACUUGAUAACAUAGCAGCCUCAGCAUCGGAGGCUUUAGGUUUGGGCCUAACAAAUGCAGAGGACUUUUCAAUUCUAAAGCGGGAAAAUCAAAUUAUCAAAAAUAAGCUUGAGGAAUUACAAAACCUCGCAUGUCGCUCAAAUGUUCGUUUUAGAGGAAUUAAAGAAGGAGCGGAGGAACAUUCUCCCUCAAUGGCAUCAUUUAUUACCGCAUGGUUGACUACCAUUAUCCUAAAAUUCGAACUAGAAAUAUCUGUGGGCUAUAGGUACAUUCUUAAAUCGCAACAGCUAAUUAUUCCCUUACUGGCCCCUCUCUCACAUGAACAUGAAUAUUUCUGGCUGGAAUACCUCCUAGGUGAUACAUCUCCAAAAAUCACUUCACAAGUAGCAAAGUUUACCGUGGCUGCUCAAAAUUUAAGGUGCAAUACUCUAAAAAGUCUUUUUAAUUUAAAUAGUGCAAUACAAUAAAUCUUAAAUUGGAUAAACUGAUGUCAUCCUAAUUUUUUGAGAUGAAUAUCACUAUACAGCUGAAACUCAUGCUCGAGCUAUAGGAAAGUCAAUUAGAAAUGCAUAGUUUUGAGAUCUCUCUAUUUAUCUUAAACUUAUUUUUAUUUAAUUGUCUUAAAGUGUUAUAUAAUAUUUAUU